CGCCUUCGACCCCGGGCCCCUCCGCCGCCGCCGCCGCCGCCGCCGCCGCCAUGGCCCGGCCGCUGGUGCCCAGCUCGCAGAAGGCGCUGCUGCUAGAGCUCAAGGGGCUACAGGAGGAGCCGGUGGAGGGAUUCCGGGUGACCCUGGUUGACGAGGGCGACCUGUACAACUGGGAGGUAGCCAUCUUCGGGCCUCCCAACACCUACUACGAGGGCGGCUACUUCAAGGCACGCCUCAAGUUUCCCAUCGACUAUCCCUACUCCCCGCCGGCCUUCCGAUUCCUGACCAAGAUGUGGCAUCCCAACAUCUACGAGACGGGGGAUGUGUGCAUCUCCAUCCUCCACCCCCCAGUCGAUGACCCCCAGAGCGGGGAGCUGCCCUCCGAGCGGUGGAACCCCACCCAGAACGUCAGGACCAUCCUGCUAAGCGUCAUCUCCCUCCUCAACGAACCAAACACCUUCUCCCCGGCGAAUGUGGAUGCUUCUGUGAUGUACAGGAAGUGGAAGGAGAGCAAAGGCAAGGACCGGGAGUACACGGACAUCAUCAGGAAGCAGGUCCUGGGGACCAAGGUGGACGCAGAGCGGGAUGGCGUGAAGGUGCCCACCACGCUGGCCGAGUACUGUGUGAAGACCAGGGCCCCGGCGCCCGAUGAGGGCUCGGACCUCUUCUACGAUGACUACUACGAGGACGGCGAGCCGGAGGCCGAGGCCGACAGCUGCUUCGGGGACGACGAGGACGGCUCGGGCGACGACGAGUCCUGACAGCGCGGCCCCGCGAAUAAACGCACAGGUUUUACCUCAGCGGCCCCGGAACGUGCGGCGUCGAGACCCCGCGGGAGGGGUGCUGCCCGGCCCCGUGGGUGGUCCCCCCAGGCGCCGCCCGCCCUCCCUGCGCGUGUCGCCUGUGUCCUGGUCCCUUGGAGCCCGCCAGGUGGGACAGGCAUGGGCUGCGGUGGCCGGAGGGACACAGACCCGCCCACGUGGUGCGUGUCUGGCUCCUGCUGGCCGGAGCCAGAGACUUGGGGUCGCACUCACUGAUUCACUUGUGGCCACCUCUUCUCUCUGCUUUGGUUUGCUUGGAAUCUAAAUAAAACGACUUUAUGAGAAGCUACAGAACCAACCUGUCCUUGGCCUUCCCAAAGGACCACAGAGAGCAGCGUGUCACCAGGUGCCCUGGGGGGCAGGGGCGCUGCACGGGGGAAGGAGGCCGUCUCUAACUGACACCCCAGCUGCAGCCCGUGACCGCCUGAUAGGGCCUCGGGGUGGGAGGAGCCUGUACCGUGCUGGCCAGCGGGCCCCAGGUAGCACUUCUGUGGUCCCAGCACCCUGAGGAGUCCUGUGUACUGCUGGUGUCACCCCGGCCUGGUGGCUUCGUUUUGGGGAAACUGGUAAGUCCAUAGUGGCCUGGGCUGAAGGUCAGAUGGCACCAGGACACAGGCUCCUGUGAGCCCUGGAGGACCCGUUGGGUCGGACGAGCACAUGCCCAGCCUGGCCAGUCCCUGCGGCUGGGGCUCGGACGGCCCCACACAGGUGGGGGACAGGCCAGAGGGGCAGGUGCACCCUCGGUGAGCACAAUCAGACCCCCACAGUGGCCCGCACACGAGUGUGCCCAUGGCCCUGUGCACACACCUUUCAUGGUUAGCCCCCACGGUCUGGUGGUGUUUCAACCUGAAUGAUGUUUCUCCAUUAAAAUGUGGAAGGUUUCA